CAUGAUGGAACAUUAUAAAGGGAUUAUGCUUUGCAAUAGGCCACAAGCAUCUAUUAAUUUAGAUUAUCAUAAGUAACUUGAUUUUACCACAUUUGUAGACCUUUUGUAUCAAGAGUAACACAUGCUGAACCUCUCGGUUACAAUCCAGUUAAGCAACUGCAAAUUCAUUAGCCCAUUAAAUGUAUUUAGCAUAUUCCAUCAAUUAAGAAAUAAAACCAAUAUUGGGUCAACACAAAGAAUGGCUCUAAAAUUUCUAAAAACAUGCUUAAGAGAAAAAAACUGCAUUGCAUUAUUCUUAAGUUCAAUCUCGCUUACAUCCUGAUAGGUAUAGAUCAAACAGUGACAAAUAAACCCAAUAGAAAGAGCAAAAGGCUCAAUAAAUAACUUAACCCCAACAUGAAUCAACCAAAGUAGAAGAAAAAUUAUAAGAAUAAUAAAAUUAACAAGAAAAUAGUAAUGUAUUGGCAGAUGAAAUAAUUGAUGACUAAGAAUUGAAUGAACUAUUGGAUUUCACUAAGAAUUUAGAUUUUGAGUCAUAUAUAAAUGAUUUAGAAGUAUAAAUACCAUUGAUCUUAGGUUAAAACAGUUGUGGAAGCCUUAAAAAAGAGAAUAGAGGAAAUACGAAUAGAGAAUCCUCAAUUAUCAUAAAAAGAAGCAACAAAGAAAGCAUUAAAAUAGAAUAACAAUGCUGCUCAAAAACAGAAUAAAAAACAUGUUACUAUUUAAGAAGAAUAGGUAAGUAUAAAAUAAAUAAUUUUAGCUUCAAAAAAACACAGAAAAAAAAGAAGUAAAUCUAGAAAACAUAGCUAAGAAGAUAGCUGAAGAAAUACUUCAAAAAAACAAAUACUUAAGAAAUAUUCAUUCAAAUAUCUCAAUGCAAAAAUUGGUUGAAACUGAAGCUCGUAGGUUUCUUUAGAAAGAAUGA